AUGGCGGAAGCUCUUGAGUACAUGAGGAUGGAGGUCAACUCUGUUCAGGAAGAACUCCGGAAGUAUGCGGAGAGAGAUGAACUGGAUGCCGAUGCCAUGGAGAUUGAGUGGACCAACCCGGCCACUCCACCAGACUUUGUGGCCGAGAUACAGAAAGCCCUUGAUGAAGGAAGACUGGUGGUGGGUAGACCAGCAACUCCGGCACCAAAUCCAGGCUCCAGGUCCUCUUCCAGAGCAGCCACCAGGACAAUGCAGCGGAAAACCAGUCCCUUCGCAGCAUUUCCGGUCAGAUCCAGUAGGAGAGUUGUUCCUAUUAUCCAGCCAGCGGUGGGAGCAUCUCCCUUACCUCCUAGCCGCUUCGCAGGAGUAAAUCCAUUUCUUGGAUUAGCCGACCGAUCCUAUGAUUUUGAGGGAGAACUCUACCCAGGUGCAGGCCGAGGACCUCCCAGUCCGCUAGCCAGGAACCCGGGAAGGUUCACCAUGUCUGGGGCCGCUCAACCAGCAGCAACCUCACCACUGGCCAGCAACCCGGCACCAGUAGCACCUGUGGCCCCUCCUGCUGCGGCCGCUGCUCCCCCUCCAGCCAAUGUACAGGGAGGAAGCGGUGGAAACCAGAACCCUCCACCUCCUGUGGCUCGCGCUCCCGCCCCUGGAGAUUCAGAUAGUUCUGACAGUUCAGACUCGGAACCAGAAGGUGGUGACAGAAGAGGCUGGCGGAGAUAUCUUAAGAAGAAGUUGGAGAAGCAGCAAAAGGAUUUGUUUGCUAUGAUGUCCCAGCAGUACCGACUUCCGGCCAGCUCUCCCCCUUCCUCAGCCACCAGGGCCCGAGAGCCAAAGGCACCACCACCCUCCAAGUUCCAGGGCAAGGCGGAGCAAGUGGAAACUUUCAUCCGGCAAUGUGAGAAUGUGUUCUCCAUUGAGAGCCUGUCAUUUACCUCUGAGGAGGUUAAGAUCCGAUAUGCAGGCAACUUGAUGGAAGGAGAGGCAGCGAUCCGAUGGUAUGAGGCAUACCACAAUUCAAUUGAUCAAGCCUCCGCCAACCGCCUUGCUGGAAUGACGGUGACUUUGGAUCUGAGAUGGAAGCGCUGGGAUUCCUUUGUGGAUGCUUUUAGAGCAGCCUUCGGUGAAGCCAUCUCUCGAGAUGAUGCUUUGGUGGAUGAUAAGAUCAACAAUUCCCUCCUGGCGGACCUAGGCAUGAGUUGGGCUCUUUUCAAUCCCAAGCCAAAGUCCUUGAUGGAGCGGAUAGCUGCUCUAAGAGAGUUAGGGCACACCCAUGAGAGGUACCAAGGGAUGGCAGCCAAGAAAGCGCCCCCUCGGACCAAGAAAGAUCCUCCUGCUGAGAAGGACCGGCAGCCUAAGUGGAAAAGAGAAGCUGCAAGCUCCUCCGGACCCCAGAAGACUCCCGGACCUAAAGACAAAGCGGCGGAACUGAAGGGUAUCCCGGGGGAUAUUCUAGAAGAAAGAAGGAAAGCAGAAGUAUGCUUGAAGUGCGGCAAGUCCAGACACAAAUGGACCGAUUGUUGGUCCAAGGAACCUACUGUUGUCCGAGUGGCAGCAGUGAGAGUACAAAAGCGGAAAAGAGGGAAUGGCAAGUCCAGCUCUCAGAAGAAGGCUAAAGUGGCUGCUGUAGUAGCAGAGGAUCCACUUGUUGUAAUCCCGGAGGUUACAGAAGAUUUUGUUUUUCAGCCUGAGCAAGACUCGGACAAUGAAAUCAUCUGGUAG